AUGUCUGUCACUCCCUCCAUCAUGCCUAUUUCUAACUUUCAUCCCAAUCAAGAUGCCGCCAUUCUCCGAAAGAUUCUAAAGGCUUUCAUCUUCCACUCUAGAAAGCUAUUUAUCAUUAUCUGCAAUCGUUGCAGUUGGCAGAGACAAGAAAUAGCCAGGACUUAUGAUCUUAUGUACGGUAAAAACUUGGUGAAGAAACUCAAAUCGAAGCUUAGUGCUGCUGGAUACGAAGAAAAACAGAGACUUGUGCUCGCAUUGAUGCAACCACUGGCGGUGUAUCAAGCAAAGCAACUGAGAAAAGCUGUUCAGGGCACAAGCAGGAAAUCUGUAUUGAUCGAAGUGAUGAUCUCUCAAAAUAAUGGGCAGUUGGUAGAAGUACUCCGCAAGUACGAAGAACUCUAUUCCACGGACCUCGAAAUUGAUCUCUCACGAAGAACUUCUGGAUUCUUACAGGAAGGAAUUUCAUUUUCUCAAAGGCCAUUGAGUUCUUGUGUUACUAACUGCGUCAUAUGCUGCCGAAGGGAUGAGACCAACGACACCGACGAGAAAAAGGCUGCCGAAGACGCACUCCUACUGUACAGCUCAGCGAAAAGCCUCUGUGAACAUGAGAAGUGCUUCAUUGAUAUUUUGACGAGCCGGAAUUACAAACAGCUCAAGAUUAUUUUUGAUGAAUAUGAGAAGGUGGCACAUCACUCAAUCGAAGCUGCAAUAUUACAAGACUUCAGUGGCAGUUUCUGUAAGGGUCUUCUCGCAUUGGUGUCUAUAGUUCGGAACAGAUCAGCGUACUUUGCAAAACUACUGCAUAAAUUCAUCAAGAACCACUCAGACGGGGAUUUAGUCAGACUUCUUGUGAGUCGCAGCGAAUGCGAUAUGAUUGAUAUCGGACGUGAGUUUGAGAUAUUGUAUGAGAAACCGCUUAAGGAAGUUAUCAGGAAAAACUUCAGUGGAUCUUACAAACGUGCCCUAAUAGCUCUUGCCAACGGGAACAGGACCUAGAAAUAAUGUGAUCAACUACAAAAAGUUCCUAAUGUAAAGAUGACAUAUUUACGAUUUUCCCCCCUCAAAGGCUAUAUCCACGAACUAGUAUGCUAGCAUUGGCAUCUUUGUUGGAAAACUGGUAUGAUGUUACGAUUUUGGCACUUUGAAUGAAG